AUGGAAGAACGAAGGAACUAUUCGAAUUUCUGUAACAAUAUAAGACGAUAUCACGCGAAAAAGCAUCAGCAGCAGUUUUAUGACUUCACCAUCAAAGACAAAAAUGGCGUCGAGUUUAAAUCCCACAAAUUUAUUCUUGCUUCACAGUGCAGUUACUUUGCGGGUUUAUUCCGCAUACAUCCAAACUCCAGUGAGACUACCUUUGCAGAUUUUUCGCUUGACGAGAUCAAGAUGUGCAUUGAAUAUUUGUAUACAUACAAAGUGAAACUCACCGGUAAGAACGUUCAAAAUAUGCUAUUAUUUGCCGACUACAUCAAUCUAACAGACGUGCGCGAAAUUUGCAUAAACUUCAUCAUCAAACACAUCGACCGGUCGAAUUGCGCCCACGUAAUAGAGCUUGGUUACUCACUGGGAAUAGAAGAAUUCGUCGAAGCCGGGAACGAAUUCGCUAAGAAAAACCUUAUCAAACCUAUACGUGAUCUCGAUGAAGACACUAUCGUCAAGGCUGCGUGUAUGCAGCAAGAGCGCGUGACGAUCAUGACCCGGAAGCAAUGGUACCUAAACUUAAUGAAGCAGUGGCUGACAGCGCCACACGAUGUUUCGGGCUUUCAUGCUCGUGGAUCUUCAGUAUUCAACAAUGACUUGGACAAAUGGGCACCGAAAUUUGCGAUAGAUGGUAAAGUUUCGGAAUGUGACAUCUUUUAUUUCCACUCCCAACUUGAGAUGCAUCCGUGGCUUGAAGUGAAGUUUCCCUCUCCUGUGCUGAUCUCUUCAGUGACAAUUUUCAACCGUAAAAACAGCUGUUGGGCAAGACUAAGAAAUGUGGAGGUCAGAGCUGGAAUGAUGCCUGUCCCUGACGGAUUCACAGCCUAUGAUAGAGGAAACCAUAGCAACAAACGUAUUGACAUCAACUCUCAAUGUGGAUUUUUUGCAGGGCCACCAAAGUCAUUUAUAUUCACAGGGCAUGGCAUCAAGUUCGAAAAGCCUACGCUUGCUCAGUACAUUACUCUGCAGAUUUUAGGGGAGGGGGUUCUUCAGAUUAAUGGACUUAAAAUAAACGGGGGUGACCUAUUGAAUUAUGAGUGUGCAUUCUGACGCAUGCCAAACUUGCCAAUUGGCUUGCAUAGCUUUACAUACACUCGUACAAAUGUCAAAAAAAAAGAAAAAUAUGCUUUAAUUUGCAGCAUCUCUCUCAAUUUCAUCACAUGGAACUGUAACUGGUCCAAGCAGUAACUUCCCACGAGUCUCCUGUAGCUCAGAGUGGCUCUCAGUAGGGCAUCUGGACUAUAGUAACCAGACGGUCAUGACAGGUUUGACUCGUAUUGGGAGUACUCGCAUUUUUGUCCUGGGGGGGAUACUCCCCUAUAUAAGCCAUAUGGGUAUGUGCUGUCCUAAAGGGCAGGGUUUUUUUGCCGUUUUGGUCUGAUGAAGGGUGUAGACUUUCCUCAGUUUUGUUCUAGAAUCUGGUAUGGUUGUCAAGGGAACUACGGAAGUGUACGAACGUAUCUAUUGUUUCAAUUCCAAAUGAGUUUUUUGAGGCUGCUAAUCUAAGUAAUGAUGCCAUAAUUUCUUAAAGGCCGGGUCUGAGAAUGGGUAUGGAUUUUAGGGGCCAGGUCUGAAAACGGGUGUGAAAAAUGACAUUUUUUUGGUCUGAAAUAGGGUCAGGAUUUGGAGAACCGGGUGGCACACCCCCACCAAGAUUUCCCAGGCACACCUCCCUGGAUUUUUGUUUACCAGCCGCCAGUGUCACUGACUGAAAAAUCAUCUUUUUCAAGGUCCAAGUAGUUUGUAGAAUACCUCUCACAUAUGACUCCUGUAAAUGGCAUUGGGUUACGGAAGUUCCUUGCAGUUUGCUAUAGCUAGAGCAGACCACCGUGAUUUACUGGAAUUUCUUAGUCUGGCCGGUUCAAAUCAGUACCGUUAUUUAGGGAAUCAGCAAUAAUUCUUUUUCUCACAAUCUAGGUUCAUAACAGAAAUGAGCAGUUUGAGUUGCAAGCCAUACAGCUCAGACAAUGAGCUGUAAAUGCAAAACUGAUGUUCUUAAUAUAGCUUAAUAUCAUAUAAGUCAUAAUAAAAGAUUAAAAUGUUCAUAAGGAGGUUGCUGAAGUAGAAUGGUGAAGGAGAUAUUAUGAUAGUUUGUGGUUGGAAAUAUACACUGAACUCUGACUGCAUGUUUAAUGGAAGUUCUAAUUAAUGGGGAGAGGUAUGGACAUCCGUACGAAGGGGAAGAUGAAGAGGUUAAAUAAGAAAAACACCGUUUAAUCGGGUGGUGAUAGGAAUGUUUUUCAGGAACACGUAUGGCAGCACAUCAAGACUUUGUGACCGAACUUCAUUCUAAGUUUAGCUUAAAUUUUCUUGUAAGUUAAUAAAGCUCAUUAUUAUGAUAUACAGUGUUAGAAUUGAUUCCACCAUGCAAAAGCUCACACCAAACUUCAACUUAAUAUAGUCAUGUAAACACUACUUAGUUUGGAACCAUAACAAUGGAAACAAAUAUAAGUACUCCUUGAGGCAGGUUCCAGACACAAAUUAGCAAGUCACCCAUUAGUUAAAAAUCACAGUCUUUACCUACUUUUAGCAUCGUCUAAAGAGAAAAUACAUUAACAAGAUUAGAUAUAUCGUAGAAUAUCGAAAAAAGAAACAAUAACGUUCGAUUGCACUGCUCAAUAAUAUUUUUGCAUUGGCACACCAAGAGAGAGAGGCAGCUUUCUUUUAAUUAAUCACUCAAAUUUAAGUUAGAGCCACAUAGUGCCGUGUGCUGGUUGAAGAGUUUUCAUUUAAAUAGUUACACCGUAGGAUUCCAUCCACAGACUCAAACGUUAGAACUACAUACUAAAUAAAUAGUACCAUGUGAAAGUACUGCUGAAGAGGUUUCAUUUGAAUGGUAACACCACGGGAUUUCAUCCACAGACUCAAAAGUUAGAACUACAUACUAAAUAAAUAGUACCAUGUAAAAGUACUGCUGAAGAGGUUUCAUUUGAAUGGUAACACCACGGGAUUUCAUCCACAGACUCAAAAGUUAGAACUACAUACUAAAUAAAUAGUACCAUGUGAAAGUAUUGCUGAAGAGGUUUCAUUUGAAUGGGCACACCAUGGGAUUUCAUCCACAGACUCAAACGUUAGAACUACCUACUAAAUAAAUAGUAUCAUGUGAAAGUACUGCUGAAGAGGUUUCAUUCAUGGUAACACCAUAGGAUUUCAUCCACAGACUCAAAAGUUAGAACUACGUACUAAAUAAAUAGUACCGUGUGAAAGUACUGCUGCAGAAGUUUCAUUUAAUUGAAUGGUCACACCAUAAGAUUUCAUCUACAGACUCAAAAGUUGGAACUUGAAUAAAAUAAUAGUACCGUGUGAAAGUACUGCUGAAGAAGUUUCAUUUGAAUGGUAACAUCAUAAGAUUUCAUCCCCAGCCUCUAAAAGUUAGAAUUACUACACUGACUAAAUAAAUACAUAGGUUUCAUUUACGGAUAAUACAUGGCUCUUCAUCCGAAACCGUCAUUUCGUGUCUGCCGGACGACGACGCCACGUAAGACGAUGGACAGAGACCUCUAUACCGGGGGCGACUAAGUAUCAGUUCCAACGGUAUUUCAGAAGUGCUACGGCGUUUUUGCUACAUUCUGACCACAGUUGAUUGUGGCUGCAGCGUUCUCACAAAUCACUAGAAUGAGCCCUUCACGCAAUAUUUCUGAGCAAAAUUUAAAAAAAAAACUAAAACAAGCUAAAACCCUCGCGCAACUUGAUCUGUCAGUUGGUAAAUGAAUAAAUACUGCGCUUCAACUGCUCCAGUUCCCACUGCUUCCGUGCCGAAGAAUUCAUUUCCGGCUAAUUCGUAUCCACUCAAACGCCGGAAAUUCCAUUUCAGUUACUGAAAAGGGAACUGUAUUCUCCCAGCAGGUGAUAUUCGACAGGCGGGAAGACGAUUUUGGUGAGAAGACUGAAAAGAAAGGAAAAGUACGGCCCUGGCCCUUUCUUUUCUAAUAUCUAUUAAAUAUUUAUUUAUUUAUUGGUUACUGGAGUGGCUGUAGAACGAAUUUUAAAAAGACGAUAUAAUGUUCACCGUACGCAAUCUUUGGUUACGACUUCCUUUUUCUCUCAUGUAGAGCGACUACCACUAACAUUACAUUAGUUAGGUCAGAGUUCCUGUAUAAGAAGGAAAUGACUGUGGUUGCGUUCCUUUUGACCAAUCUAAAUCCGGAUUUGCGACCCAGAACACACAGUUUGAUUUAUCGUUCUGUUAAAAUGACUCUGUUAAAAACUAAACCCAUCUUAGACGUUCAGAUUGGUAUCUUAAUCUGGUUUCAGAUUUUCGUUCCAUUUAAGAAACUGUUUUUCGAUCGCUAAAAUGUGCUCAUUCAUUGUUAAACAUGGCUAGUCAAGGUCAGUUCAGGCGAAAGUUCUUUUUACUCGUCCGUUGUUCUUUGCCGCUUAAGGAUUGAAGUAUAACAACUUUAGAUCCGUAAAGAAAGGAAAACGCUUGGACUCACCGUAAAAUGUCCGAUGUGUGUGUUUGGAGCGCCCCUCACUCAUGUUGAGAUUUUGUAGUUGUCUUUUGAGCUUGUUUGGUUCAACUUCCAGAUAUUUUCAAGCGAGGCCCAGUAUGAACCACAUAGCCUGAUUCUCAGACGUACGCGUCCGAGGUCGUUCGCGGCCGGAAGCGAAGGGGCUGCGAACGACCUCGUACGUCUGAGAAUCAGGCCAUCCCUUCCAUCGCUUCACGAGAAGACGCUUAAUUUAGCGCGGAAAAAAUAAAAAUCGAUGCGAGGAAAUUGAGAAGAAGAUCAGUGCAGCAAACCAGCUAUUGUAUGGAUCAAUUCUUCAGAUUUUGUUCCGGCUAGCACGAAAAUCCAAACUAUCUGGAUUGUCUAAAUCCAAAUGGGAAAGCAACCUGAUAUGGACCUGCGCGGUAAAAAGGCGAGCAUCUUUGUUUUGAAGACGUAGGACGCGUAAAUAUAUAGCUGGUUCCCAGUACCGCGCGGUCAUUACAAAGUGUAGAGCCAAACCGAACCCGCGAGUGGAAACAGCAAAUGAAAGACCUCUUAUUAAAGAAACAAACGCCUUCCCAUCAGCGAGCAAGAAUGGCAGAGAAACGUCACCAUAUGAACUUCUGUCACAAUAUAAAACAGUUUCAUGAGAAAGAAAGCAGUGAACGUCAAUUUUACGAUUUUACAAUCAAAGACAAAGAUGGCGCCGAAGUUCAAUCUCACAAGUUUAUUCUCGCCUCACAGAGUGAGUAUUUCGCUGAUCUCUUUAGCACCCACCCAAAUGCCAGUGAAACAACUUUUGAAAAUUUUGGACUCGACGUGAUCAAGCCAUGCAUCGACUAUUUGUACAAUCACGAAAUUGAACUCACGAGAGACAACGCCAUGGACGUUCUAAAGUUUGCGGAUAAAACCGCUCUAACAGUGGUGCGUGACAAUUGCGUUGACUUUAUUAUUAAGCAUAUCGACAGAUCGAAUUAUUCGCUGGUGAUCGAAGUUGGUAAAAAAGGGGGAAUAGAUGAGAUGGUUGAAGCGGCGGUGAUGUUCGUUGUAAAAAACCUCACAGGAACUAUUGAAAGCCUUGACGAUUUAACCAAGGAAAUGAUAACAACGAUUGCUUGUAGGCAGCAACAGCGAGUGACAGUUAUGACCCAAGAGCAGUGGAACAUUAGCAUAGUAAAGCAAUUACUGACAGAUUCAAACGAGGAACUUAUAUCGAGCUUCGAAGCACGAGGAUCUUCCGUGUACAGAAACAAUUCAGAUCUGUGGGGGCCGAAAUUUGCUAUUGAUGGCGAAAUGUCGGAUAGUGACUAUUUAUACUUUCAUUCAGAGUUAGAAAUGUAUCCGUGGCUGGAAGUGAAAUUCCCUUCUCCUGUUUUGAUCUCUUACGUAGCCAUUAUAAACCGUAAAAAUGGUUUUUGGGCAAGGCUUAGAAAUGUGGAAAUCAGGGCUGGAAUGACACCCGUUCCCGAUGAAUUCACAGCACAUGAGAAUGGAAACCGAAGGAACAAAGAGAUCCAAGUUAAUUCUCGUUGCGGAUACUAUAAGGGGCCUGCUAACAGAUUCAUAAACAAGGGACAUAUUGUCAAGUUUGAAAAGCCUACACUCGCACAGUACAUUACAUUUCAGAUUUUAGAAGAAGGAUACCUUCAGAUAAACGGUCUUAGAAUUAAUGGC